AUUCACCACCAUCAUCUCUGGUCUGUGAAGCGGACAAACCGAAGAAUCAGCCUGAUAUGGGCAAAGUCAGAGACUUUGGAGCUGAGGAUCAUAUCCCAUCUAACAUACUCCACGCAGUGACCGCCAUAUCCAUCUGCAUCAGCGCCAUUUACUUGAACCUCGCUCUUGUUCUCUUCUCCCUCUUCUUCCUUCCCCCUUCUCUCUCCCUCCUGUAUAUUCAUUCAUACAUACUCUCUCUCUCUCUGUUUCUUUCUCUGUUUCUUCAAAAAAUGAAAAAAAUCCUCUGUUUUUUGUUUUUUGUCAGGGUCUUGGGCCUGCUCUCUCUGUUUAUCAUCAUCCCUAUAGAUGAUCGUAGCAAGUACGGUCUUAAGCUAGCUAGGUACAUAUGCAAGCACGCAGCUAGUUACUUUCCCGUUACUCUGCAUGUCGAGGACUACGAAGCUUUCAAGCCUGAUCGCUCCUAUGUUUUUGGUUAUGAACCACACUCGGUGUGGCCCAUUGGAGCUGUUGCACUUGUUGAUCUUACAGGGUUUAUGCCUCUUCCUAACAUCAAACUUCUUGCAAGCAAUGCUAUAUUCUACACGCCGUUUCUAAGGCAUAUGUGGGCAUGGUUAGGGCUCGCCUCUGCUUCUAGGAAGAGUUUCUCUUCUCUUCUUGAGUCUGGCUAUAGUUGUAUCCUUGUACCUGGUGGUGUGCAGGAAACAUUUCACUUGAAGCAUGAUGUUGAGAACGUCUUCCUUUCAUCAAGAAGAGGAUUUGUGCGCAUUGCCAUGGAACAAGGGGCACCUCUUGUUCCAGUUUUCUGCUUUGGUCAGUCCCGUGCGUACAAGUGGUGGAAGCCGAAUUGUGACCUUUAUUUUAAACUAGCAAGAGCGAUCAGGUUUACUCCAAUUUGUUUCUGGGGAGUUCUUGGAUCCCCAAUACCAUAUAGGCACCCUAUUCAUGUGGUGGUUGGUAAACCAAUACAAGUUACAAAGUCUCUGCAGCCAACUGAUGAAGAGAUUGAUGAGUUGCAUGGCCAGUUUGUGGAAGCGCUUAAGGAUCUGUUUGAGAGGCACAAGGCCGGAGCAGGCUACUCUGAUCUGCAGUUAAACAUUCUUUAAACAAAUUUUCUGAAAUUGGAAAUUAUUGUCUUUAUGAAUUAUCCUUAAAAUCAUUUCUUGUUACCUUGCCCGUGGCAUUAACCUGUGUAUGUCACAUCGAGUUUGCAGCAGUGUAUAAUAUAGCAAACCUGCUUAUACAUGUGUUCUUCAUGUGUCUCUUAUAUUGAUUGACAGAGAAUAUACAGUUUUUGUGUUUUGCA